AUGCCAGUGGAAGUAGCAGAGGCAGGAGGAUCUCUCUCCCCACCACCUCGACAACCUUCACUCUCACCCGAUAGGAAUCGAGAUAGAGAUGAAGCGGGACCAUCCAAGAGACCUAGGAAUAAUGUAUUGGAUCAACAGCGUAGGCAGGUCGAGAAACUCCUUGCCAACCCUGAUCGUGAAAUGCAAAUCAAUGUAGGAACCAAAGAAAAAACACUCAGAGCACCAAGGGAAAUGAUGAAGAACGUUCAAGGUUCUUCGGCAGGUGCUGGAUCAGGUGAAUUUCACGUGUACAAGCAAUCCAGGAGAAGGGAAUAUGAGAGAUUGAAAAUCAUGAAUGAUAAAGCUAGAGCUGAAGAAGAACAUGCCGCUUUCCUAGCACGUCAAGCGGAACGAGAUGCCGUAUCGGACGCGAAGACAGCUAAGAACCGAGCUAAACGUCAAAAGAGGAAACACGGUCGUAAAGGUGAAGGAAAUGGUUCAAAUUCAACGUCAGCUACUCCCGAUAUACAACAGGAAGGAGGGGUGGGAAAGAGAAGAUUGGCUGGAGGAGCUAGUAUCAAAUUCAAGAGGCCAGGUGAAGAAUCUGAUUCGGAUGAUCAGCAAGACGAAAAUGGAGACGAUGAAGAAGAGGUUGGGCCAAAAUUGACGGUACCUAUUCCUGAGAUAUCGCAGGUGCAGGAUGUACCGAAAAUAGAAGAGAAAAGAAUCACUAUUGUUGAUGAGGAUUAG